AUGUUUCAGAAAAAAGUCACGACAACGCCAAUGAUUAUAAAACCGAGUACGGCCAUGAAUUUAAAACCUAAAGUCGGGAUAACUACGAAAAUAAAUAAGAUAACGCCGAUAACUAAGAAAACAGAAGCGACAACCGUUAUUACAACGCAUAAACCUCGCUCAAGUACUGCUUUCGCUCCGAUUGUAGGUUUUAUGAUAAAUUAG